AUGGCAUACAAUCAACCACCUCCUCCUGCCCAAGGAUAUGGAACAACACCACCACCACCUCCAGCUGGAUAACUAGGUUAAUAUCCUCAAGGCUAAUAUCCUCCCCAAGGAUAAUACCCUCCUCAAGGACAAUAUCCCCCCUAAGGCUAAUACCCACCACAAGGAUAAUAUCCUCCUCAAGGACAAUAUCCCCCUCAAGGCUAAUACCCUCCCUAAGGACAAUAUCCUCCUCAAGGGUAAUAUCCUCCUCCUGGACAAUACCCCCCCGGACAAUAUCCUCCUCAAGGUUAAUAUCCCCCUCAAGGUCAAUACCCACCAUAAUAAUAUCCUUAAUAACCAGGAUAUUACCCACCAGGAGGAUAUCCCUAAUAAGUCCCAGGUUAAUACCCUCAAGGUCAGACAACUACUAUAAUUGAAAUUCAACAAUAACCUACUUAAAAACCUCCCUAAUAAUCCCACGGUGGUGGAGCUAUGGUCGGAGCAGCAAUUGGAGGAGCUCUUAUUGGAGCAGCUUUGGCUGAUAAUCACCAUCACCAUCAUCACGGUCAUGGACCAAAUGUUGUUGUUAUUGAAAAAGGACGCAAGCAUCAUUGAUUUAUUGAUAUUUAUGUGCAAUUAUACAAAGAAAAUUACGUAUACUUAGCUCUAAUAA